GUUGGGUGCAUGGAACGAGGGUGAAACAGUAUGUUGGGGUUUCAUCUGAAGUUGUAUAUUAGAAAUAUCUGAAUAUUUAUUACGAGAACAGUGUAAUUUCAAAACAGACACAAUAAUUCAUCGAUUAACUGCUGGUUGCGUGAAUAGCAUUGCUAUAUUUUUUUCGUAUAAUCUCGUUGACUAGCGUUUUUAACGGACACUAUCAUGAAACCUGGAGGUGGUACGAAGGUUUCUGCCGCCAAAACUGUUACCUCUGAGGAUAAGGUCAGAAAGUCUUUGCACGUUUUGCAGCCAGCGGCCAAUGACAAAGAAAACUUGGUGGGUGGUGGGAGAAUGCUCAGAUCUGCUCUGUCAGCAAAGGAAACAGUUAAAUCCGAAUUGCACGAUAAGAAAAAGCAGGAUGAUUCAAAGCGUAAAAAAAUAACAUUCAGGGAUAAGGGUGUACAAACUGCGAGAGGGGAUAAGAUUAAGAUUGAAGUCGAAGAUUUGACAUCGGAAGCAGGACCUAGUGAAAACUACUGGGAAGUGUUAGCCGAAAGACGGCGGAUAGCAUUAGAAGAUGCUCUAGAAGAAAACAAAGAACUGUUCGAUCGCAUAGAGAAACUGGAAGAGGAGAAUCACGUAUAUAAAGAAAUGUUAGAUGAAUCUAGAGCACUUGUAGAAGUCCUACAGGAAAUGAUCGGCGAGGACAGAAACGAUAUAAAUAAUUCUUUAGAAGAUAGUACUCUUUAAUUUAAGAUUUUGCAAUCCUAGUACCGAACGGUGCCUUCUGAUUCAAGAUAUAGAGAUGAUCAUCUCCAUAUUGGAGAUAAUAUAAUGCACCCGUCCGAUACGACGUGUAGCACGAUAAAGAAAAAGUCUGAGCGGAACCUCAAUGAACUGAAAAUGGAAGAGCUUUUAUAUUACUCUUUGUACCCGCGAUAGAAACGUUUAUAGGUUUCUAUAUAUUUAACAUACGACAAUGGCCGUGACUAUAAACAUGUUUACGUUAUAGAGUACUAUUCAUUAUAACAAAAAUAUUAUAUAAUUUUGAUUUCAAUUAAUAAACGGAUUUUCUAAGGACUUCGAUUUCCGUUUAUUGUACUUCAGUAAUUUUCGAUUACAAGCGGACUCUAAAGCUGCGUCGUCGGAGACUUUGAUAACGUUUGGGGUCGAUCUAUCGAUUGAAUUAUAUUUUGUGGAGUAUUUCGUUCUGUCAGGAAUUCUUUUAAUCGAAGUGUUUUACGAAGGUUGUUAGAUUUCAAAGCCCGGUAAUUCUACAUAUUUCUUGUUUUCAACUUUUAUAUUUGUAUAUAUGUACAUUGUUUAUUAAAUAUGUAAUCCAGAACGAAAUGUUCUACAAAGGAUCAUCGCUUCAUCCCAUUGAAAAUCAUUAAAAUCUCUGGCGAGUCGGCUAUAGGGUCCCGUUAUGAUUAAACACAUUUCUGUCCGCGUGUUAAAAUGUUCGAAUUCAAUGUAACUACAUCAUAGUCUGUUUCAAGAUAAUGUUAACGACGAGGAAUAACUGUGGAAUUGAAGAGAUUGCUAGUAUCACGUAUUUAUUUCACAAAUCUUUGGCAUAGAAGACCUUGAGUUCCAUUGAAAAAAAACAUCAACGCUAACAUCGGUUUUGGCAACGAUUGACGGUGUUUCGUUGACACACCAGUCACAGCACUGUUAUGUUCGAGGAAGCCAUCAUCUGCUGCAUCAUCGUUUCAGUGAAAAGUUACAAAAGUUCGGAAGGCUGCCAGGACGUUGUGCGUAAAAUUGUUGCUGGACGCACACGCAUGAAUGCGGGACGCGCAAAAGCGAACAUACGAGUUCUUCACUAUUCUUGCACGAGGACAUUCGCCACGAGUAUUUUCAUUUUUUUUUCCCAUCUCGUUCAAAGGACGCGUCGUUUCCUUGAUGACCAAUUAAACGGAUAGUGGACCGUCUCACCGGAAACUGAAUCGUGAGAGUCGGUGAACGUCGGGUUUGCACUGCGGAACGCCGUCGAGAAGCGUCGAGGCCAGUCCUUAAU